CAGAAACUCCCACCGAAACUUCAAACACUCUAGAUUUCUCUAGACCACCCCCACCUGACCACCUCCCCAAAUUUAAAAUCAAACCCCCCAAAAUUCUCCGCCCCAAAAUUCCCCAAAUCUCCUCUCAUUCUCUCUCUCAAUCCUCAACCCAUCUUCACAAAUCACAAACCAUGGCGUCUCAGGACGGUGCAGUCACCAUCUACACCAGCGGCGCAGUCGCCGACGCCUCGAAGAAAAAGAAUCCCUACAGCCUCAAGGUCGGCCUCGCCCAGAUGCUCCGCGGCGGCGCCAUCGUCGAAGUCACCAACCCCGAUCAAGCCAAGCUCGCCGAGGACGCCGGCGCCUGCUCCGUCAUCGUCUCCUCCCCCCGCGGCGCCGCCGCCGGCAUUCUCCGCAUGCCCGAUCCCUCCCUCGUCAAGGCCAUCAAACGCGCCGUCUCCAUCCCCGUCAUGGCCAGAUCCCGCGUCGGCCAUUUCGUCGAGGCCCAGAUCCUCGAAGCCAUCGGUGUUGACUAUGUCGACGAGAGCGAGUACCUGGCCGUCGCCGACGAGGAUCAUUACGUCAACAAGCAUAAUUUCCGGUGCCCUUUCGUCUGCGGCGCCGAGACUCUCGGCGACGCGCUGAGGCGGAUCAGAGAAGGGGCCGCGCUUAUUCGGACCCAGGGAGAUUUAUCCGGGUCGGGCAAUGUGGCCCGGACCGUCCGGAAUGUCCGGGCGAUCAUGAGUCAGAUAAGAAUGCUGAACAAUAUGGACGAUGAUGAAGUCUUCGCGUUUUCCAAGAGCAUUGCUGCGCCAUACGAUCUGGUGGCGCAGACGAAGCAAAUGGGGAGGCUGCCGGUGGUCCAAUUCGCCUCCGGGGGGAUUGUGACACCGGCUGACGUGGGGCUGGUUAUGCAAUUGGGAUGUGAUGGAGUGUUUAUCGGGUCGGAUGUUUUCGGGGUAGCGGAUCCGUAUAAGCGUGUGAGAGGCAUUGUUGAUGCUGUGAGGAAUUAUAAUGACCCGGAUGUGCUGGUGGAGACGAGCUCCGGGUUGGCGGGUCUGAUGGCGGGUAUGAGCCUCGGUGAGGACAGAAUCGAAGAGUUUGGGCGUGGAGGUGUUUGAUGGCGCUGUUAGGAAUAUCAUUCAUGUAAUGUAGCUCUCUUCCUUUCUUGUUUGUUGUUAACUUGUUGAAGUUUACGUGUGUUGUGUACAAUGGUCAAAUGGUAUAGACUAUAUAGAGUAUACUUGAAUCAGUGUCUAUGUCUAAUGUUCAACUCCUUAGCUUUAAGAGUUUGUAAUGUACCAAGUUUUGAUCAAACUACUGAUAUGAAUGAGAAUAAUAAUGUUGAUUCA